AUGCAACAAUAUUCCGACGACGAAUACCUUUACAAUGAAGACCCUGACGGGGGUGAAGACUUUGAUGACUCGGAGGGUGAAGACCUCGACAGGGGUGAUGACCCUCAAUGGGGUGAACGCCCUGAUGAGGGCGAAGAUCUCAACAGGGAUGAUGACCCUCAAUGGGAUGGAUGCCCUGAUGAGGGUGAAGACUCUGAUGACUCAGAGGGCGAAGACCUCAACAGGGAUGACGACUCUCAAUGGGGUGAACACCCUGGUGAGAGUGAAGACCUUGAUGGCUCGGAGGGUGAAGACCUCGACAGGGAUGACGACCCUCAAUGGGGUGAACGCACUGACUCUAAGAGUGAAGGCCCUGAUGACUCGGAGGGUGAAGACCUUGACAGGGAUGAUGGCCCUCAAUUGGGUGAACACCCAGAUGAGAGUGAAGACCUUGAUGACUCGGAGGGUGAAGACCUCGACAAGGAUGAUGACCCUCAAUGGGGUGAACACCCUGACUCUGAGAGUGAAGACCCUACUGGAGGAGAAGAUUAUUAUAAUGGCAAAUAUGCUCACCAAGUCGCUGAUCAAGACCGUUAUGAAGAUGCUGAUGAAGAAGUCCGCGGAGACAAGGUUGUUGAUGAAGGCUCUGGAAGUGACGAAGACUCAGGGAGUGACGAACGCUCUAGAAGUGAUGAGGGCUCUGACGGUGGCUCUAACUUUGGCUCCAGGUCUAAUAGACAACCAUCACACAAUAUAUUUACGACCAUCUCAAAUGCGCAUACUACUGAGUUGCUGCCAACACAAGAAAAUGAUAGCGAAGAUGGCAACAAUGAUGACCCAUAUUCUAGACGCCACCAGUGGCAAGCACCAAACCAUCCACAACCUAGUAACAAAGAUGUCAACAGUGACUACAACCCCCACCCCAGACGCCAACCACCAAAUCACCCACAGCACAAUGAAGAUGUCAACGACAACAGCUCCUACCCCAGACACCAAGCACCAACCCACCCACAGCAUACUAACAAAGAUGUCGGCAAUGACCACCCCCACUGGCACCCCAUACGUGCACUAAACCGCCUAUUGCACAAGAAAGAUGGCAGGAAUGAUGAUCCCCAUCCAGUGCAUCAACCACCAAACCUCCCAGCACACAAGAAAGAUGGCAAGAAAAACGAUCCCCAUCCAAGGCGCCAACCACCAAACUGCCCAGGACCCAGCAAUCCUCACAGACAUCAACCACCAAACCACCCAGGAUGCAAGGAUCUUCCUCAACUACCAGAUCGCCCAGGACACAACGACUUUUCCAGACGUCAACCACCAAACCGCCCAGGACGCAAGGAUCUUCUUCAACUACCAGAUCGCCCAGGACACGGCGACUUAUCCGGACAUCAACUACCAAAUCGCCUAGGACACGAUGACCAUCCCAGACAUCAAUCACCAAACCACCCAGGACGCAAGGAUCUUCCUCAACUACCAGAUCGCCCAGGACACAGCGACUUUUCCGGACGUCAACCACCAAAUCGCCUAGGACACGAUGACCAUCCCAGACAUCAACCACCAAACCACCCAGGACCCAGCGAUCCUUCUCCUAGAUGUCAACCACCAAACCACCCAGGACCCAAUGAUCCUUCUCCCAAAUGUCAACUAUCAAACCGCCCGCCACCCAAGAAAGAUGGCAACAAUAAUGAUUCUCGUCCAUGCAAACUGCCAAAACCUCCACUCCCCAAGAAAAUCGGUAACAACCAUGAUCCCCAUCCCGGGCCCCAACCACUGAACCACCCACCACCCGACUCCGAACAUGGGACAAAACUCAAGACCCGCGCCAAAGCCAAUGAAAUCAAUGGACACCCAUUAUACGAUGAUAUUAAGAUCAAAGUCUUGCCGACUGUCUGGAAUGCAUCUGUUGCUGGUGACCUGCAUACUGCUGAAAAGCUGCUAACCCAAGAGAUCGACAAAGAUGGCAACAAAUAUGAUUCUUAUGCCAUUCAUUCAGUGGUCAGAGCAUGGAGUUCUGAAUGGGAUAAUGCGCUUCAAGAUGCAGUCAAGUCAAUUGCCACCCAGCCCUCGUUAUGGGGAUAUAUUUCCAAGAGCAUUGCCCUCUGCGGCAAUGGACAGCUAUGGGAUGCGAUGGAAGCUUUCGACCUCGCUAUCACAUUUUCUGAUCGUGAUCGUGAUCCAGUUGCUAUUGAUCUUUUACUGUUGAUUAAGGCUGUUGUAAUUUUCAAUGCCGGUCACCACAAUGAAGCAAUACGGCGAGUUCAACGUCUUGCUAUCACUGACCAACACUCGGAUGCACUUCGGUGCAGCAUGGUAGAUGCAUAUCUACAUGUACAGCUUGCAAUGAUUACUUUCCAGAAUGGGCAGUACAGCAAAGCCGCUGAUAAACUCACAGCCAGUAUUUCCACUAUAACAGGUUUGUUCCCACCCACCACACUUUUGGAACCUAGAUGGAAAAUAUUCACACUGCUCUUUGGCUGGGACUUUGAUUCUUUAUGGCGAACUAUCAAUCAACGACGAUGCGACGCACUCCUCCGUGCUGAUCGAGUGACCGAAGCAGUCAAAUCUUUUCAAUAUAUGAUGAGCAUGAUUGAUGACGAUACGAAGAGCGGCUGCCUCGAAUGGUCUUCCACCUUCAAGCAAGACUGUGUCGCACGAUGUGUCGCAAAGGCAGAUGAGGCCAUUGCCGCGAGCGACUAUGAGAUGGCUGUUGAACUUUAUUCGGCUGUGAUCAGGCUGGAUCCCUCACACGACUCCUUUUUUGAACGCCGCAGUACGGCCUAUUUGGCACAAAAACAUUAUGUGCAGGCCCUUGCUGACGCCGACACAGUCAUCAAACUCAGUCCUUCUUCUCGUCACGGGUCCGAACUGCGGCAUGCAGCACUUCGUGGUGCACAACAAUUACACAAGAAAGCAAACGAGACAUUUGAAAGCAUGCUCGCAUCAGGAAAAAACAAGGUGACUAUAUAG